AUGGAAGAAGAGCAGACGCAGAGUGUGAAUCCAAGUGAAGGAGAUGGUGAUAAAAAGGGGAAGGCGAAGGCUGUCGCUUGUAAGAAAAAUGAAGCAGCUGGUCCAUCAGAAGAUGGUGUUGGGAAAAUGGCAAAAGAGAUGGAAGUAAAGCAGGGUAAGAGUGUGAAACCAAGUCAAGACGAUCAUGCAAAAAAGGGGAAGCCUGAUGUUGGUAAGAAGAAGAAAGCAAAUGCUCAGCCAGUAGAUUUGCUUCCUUUUCUACAGCGAGAAGAGAAGAGGCCAAUACGACCUAGAAACCCUCCUAUACCUGUAACACCUGAGGUAAUCCUUCCAAUUGAUCCAUUUGUGACACCUGAAUUUCCUCGGUUUUCAAGGCUUGCACACUGGAUGGAUCUACGGGGCAUAUAUCGUGUACCGUUUUAUAUCAAUGGAAAAGAAAUUGAAAAAGAGUUCUUUCAAAAAAUGGACGAUGCAGAAAACAAUCUCAACAAAGAGCACAUAAAUGUUGCAUUUGAAAUGCUAAAUUGUAAGAGGGUUGAGCAAGGUGCUUGGUUCCGCAACAACAAUCUUCCAGCAGCAUGCUUUGUACCAGUCAAAUUCUUAGAAGUGGUUGGGUACGCUUAUGAAUCUGUCAGGAAGCCACAUAAGAAAAAACAAACGUUAUUGGAGGGCUGUGUAGGCGAACUUGUGAAAGGUUUAAUACAUCCAAAGAAGGUAUGGCUGGAAGAUGUUGAUGUUAUAUAUGGUGUCAUUGAAGAUAAGUUGAGCUAUCACUAUAUUGGGGUGGAGAUACAAUUGAUGGACAACACAAUCACACUCUUCCAUUGUGGUCUUCCAAAAGCAAAUAUCAAACGUGCUCUUAAUCAAAUCCAAGAACUGGCAGUGUUGAUUAGUGCCAUAAAGAUGGAACUUCUUGGUGAAGAGGUUAAUUUCGAAGAUAUCAGUCCAUUUGAAGUUAAGUUUGCAGAAGGGCUUCCAAAGACAAAAUUUCCAUACAACUGUGGUAUUUUUGUUGUGAAGAUGCUGGAAUGCAGGUCACUGGGAUUGAAGAGCAUGGCUAAUAUAAAUGAUGAAACUGCGAUGGACUUACGAAGCAAGCUAUGUUGUGAGAUCUUCGACCAGUUUAUGGAUAAAGAUUUCCAGGAAGGUCAAAGGAAGUGAAAAUGUCAUAUUUGUUCUGUUUUCUACUCUGUUUUUCUACUUUGAUAUUAAUUAUCCCUAACGUUUAAGUUUAAGUUUGUAAUGAAUUAUCCCUAACGUUUUUUUCAUUUAGAUUGUUAUUGAAAAAUUUUUAGGAUGUAUUGAUGAAUUGUCAAAUGCUUAUGGUACUUUUAGGAUGAGUUUCCAGAAAAAGAGUGAGAAAGCAAAAUGCACCAAAGCCUAGCAAAUUCCUUUAAAGUUUACAAAAAAAAUGAAAAAGAAUGUGAUCCGAUGUUGAUUGAACUCGUGAACUCUCGAAAGAUGAAUCAAAGUGUGCAGCCGCUGUGCCAAGGGUGUUAUACUUGCCAAAAGCUAUAAUAAAACGAAAAUAACUUUUGAAUAUUUAAUUAAAAACAGAAAAAAGUGUGAGUAUACACAACGGGGAUCGAACACGGCUUAUUGUGUGAUAAGGGUACACUAAGAGUAGAAGGGCUUGCCACUAGGCUAUGGUGGAUAUUCGAUAACAGAGUAAAUGUGAACUUAUUUAUUCACAGACGAUAGAUUUAUAUAAUCUGGAUAUCAUUUUAGGUAUUCAGGAUAGGUUUCCAAAAACAAAUUCCUUUAAAGUUUACAAAAAAAAAUGAAAAAGAAUGUGAUCUGAUGUUGAUUGAACUCGUGAACUCUCGAAAGAUGAAUCAAAGUGUGCAGCCGUUGUACCAAGGGUGUUAUACUUGCCAAAAGCUAUAAUAAAACGAAAAUAACUUUUGAAUAUUUAAUUAAAAACAGAAAAAAAUGUGAGUAUACACAACGGGGAUCGAACACGGCUUAUUGUGUGAUAAGGGUACACUAAGAGUAGAAGGGCUUGCCACUAGGCUACGGUGGAUAUUCGAUAACAGAGUAAAUGUGAACUUAUUUAUUCACAGACGAUAGAUUUAUAUAAUCUGGAUAUCAUUUUAUGUAUUCAGGAUGGCUUUCCAAAAA